AUGAAAUACCAACAACAAAUUGCUGUCCUUCUUCUCCUCGCUUUGAUCGGUUGCUGUUUAUUCCUUCUCUCAUCAACAACAACCCAAGUAUCGGCCAGCACCGGACACGCAACCGUUUUGGCACAAGUGAAUGAUUUGGAGGAAGCUGAUCUCUCUAACGCUGUGGCAGAGACUUUAAAGUCGUCUUCCCGAGGACAAGAAUUACCACAUUCAGAAAGUUGUUUAUCUAUUUGCAAACAAGCAUGUGCUGAAAAUCACAAAAAUUUAGGCGUUAAGAAGGCGAAAUGUUUAUCACAUUGUCCAUCUAUUUGUAAAGGUCUUUAA